UAGCGUGCUACUACCGCGUGGAUGUAGCUGCAACUGGCUUGCCACGCAGAAGCACAAUGCGCGCCUUGCUGACGGUGCCCUUACUGGCGGUUUUGGCUACGGCCACCCCGCCAAAAGCGUCGCAUGCUUCUUUCUGGGAGCCUAGCAGCCAGGAUCUCAAUCGGUAUCAGGGCCCAACGAGAUGGCCAAUCGUCUUCGCUAAGAAGUCCUUCUUCAACUCUGACCUCUCAGUGCAACCCUCAGUGCUUUAUCGACUCGUCACACUGCCGACCUUCGCUACUUCAAUAUUUAACAACAGUCCAGACUAUGGAAAUCUGCACCCCGUUAACAAAAACAACUACAACGACAAUUACGAGAAUGAUAAAGGUAACAACAUCCACUAUGACGAUAACGGCAUCGAUACGGAACGGCCCCUGAACUAUUUCAAGGGCGACAGCCGGCUGUAUGCGAAGAAGCCGUUCGGAAACUUUGGUCUGAGUUCGUCCGUAGGACCGAAGUCUGUUAACGGCUAUCAACGACGCGCGUCCUUUCUACAAGGCGGUUACUAUCGGCCCUGGGAUGCGCCAAAAGCUUUUGACAGCUAUGAGAGCAUUCCCACAUCGGUAGCAACUCACGAUGCCUCCUAUAAGCCUUCUUCAUUUGCCAAAAAUCAGCCCCACUAAAGCAGUUAGUAAUUGUGAUCUGGCUUACCUGUGGUUGUGUUGAUCAUUGCAGACCUUGAAAUACAAACGGUCAGUUCGAAGACAUUAAUCUGAUCUAACGUAAUUGUUCAUUCACAACUAUCUUUUUGACAGUUUUUCGUUUUAUGAUUUGCGAUCUUCAGCAAACAGGAAGGGAAAUCGGGUGAGGUAAUUUUUCCGGUUUCUUCAAAUUGUCGAUUUCUUUAAUAGCACCUAUUUGAAUGUGAUGUUCCUGUUUAUAUUAUAGACAAUUGCUGAGGUAGAAACGUGUACAAGCUAUCUGAACGGUAACAUACGAUGAGACUGGUGCAAACGAACGACCAUAAUCAACCUAUUUUUAUUAUUUGCUUUAUUCUAAUUUGGCCUGUUAACUUCCGUGAAGUUGAUGUUUCCAUUGCAAUGCUGACGCAUUAAUUAUAAUGACGAUGACCAUUUUUAAUAGUAACUAAUAAAUGGCGAAGAUUGCUUUUUGCCUGACUCUAAGUGAGGUAGCUUAUGAAGAUAUGUAUAGAUACAUGCGGCAGCGAAUUCUGAUGCCAUCAAAGACCAAACUGGACUGCUCGAAUAUUAGCAAAGUCCAUUCUGAAAUGCCUAUGGUAAACAAUGACCUCGUCGAGCUCUUUUUUAAGUUAUUAUUGUUAUUAUAACUAUACUGAUAUGAUUAUCAACUGCCUGAGUUUUGAAUACAUGUUGGCAAAAAGAGACUAUAAACACAUGCAGCCGUAAUAAAGUAUCACUGUAUACCUAAAGGAACAUUAAAACGUUGUUUAUUAUUUAAUAUUAUUACUUAUAGAACAGCAAAAAAAAUAAAACGGGGUUGUUCUUUUUGAACCUAGUUGAAACAACCCAUUCUACUCGAAGCAGACAUGUUGCCAUUAUCUGAUUUCUAUCCAUUUUAAAUCUAGACGCGAUUUUUGUAGAAGGGGAAAAACGGAAUCUGAAAGCCUAUUUUUAGUUCAAAUCAUAAAAAUAAAGUAUCCAAAUUUGUCGUGAUGGAAGUUAUA